GCAGGCAAACACGGCCUCAAAGUGUCGAAGCAUAAAGUGGUGUCGCCACGGGCCUCGGCCUCGACCCCUGGCUCUGCCAAGGAUGGCUCCACCCUGGGGUACUUCGCAUCCCACGGCCAAGGUCAAACCACCAGGGGUGGCCUCAGGGUGUACAGGAUUGUUGUACUAGGGGAUGGAGGUGUAGGAAAAUCAGCCCUCACUCUUCAGUUUGUGAGCCACAGUUUCUUGGACUAUCACGAUCCAACUAUUGAGGAUGCGUAUCAACAGCAGGCUGUUAUUGAUGGUGAGGCAGCAUUGCUGGAUAUUUUGGACACUGCUGGUCAGGUUGAAUUCACUGCAAUGCGAGACCAAUACAUGAGAUGUGGAGAGGGAUUCAUCAUUUGCUACUCCGUAACUGACAGGCGAAGUUUCCAAGAAGCUGUUGAAUACAGAAAGCUGAUCAGCAGGGUCAGAGCCACUGACGAUAUUCCCUUGGUUCUAGUCGGAAACAAAUUUGACCUCAACAAACAACGAAAGGUGUCUACGGAGGAGGGAGAGGCGCUUGCCAAGCAGCUGGGUUGUCCGUUUUUUGAGACAUCGGCAGCCUUGCGUCACUUUGUGGACGACUCUUUUCACUCUCUGGUCAAAGAAAUCCGAGCUCGCGAGCGAAAUCAAAUGGGCAACGGAUCUGCCAAGGUGGACAAGCAGAGCAAAUGGCGCAGGUUUCGCAACAUUUUCACUGUGGUAUUCCGCAAAAAAGAUUCAAGCAGGUACCAAAACUGAGGAUAAGAAAGGAGAAUAAAUUUGUCAGUACUUUGAAAAGUCUCAAGAUGAGUGAUAACAAUCUUGUCGAGGCACUCUUUGGGUGGUUCCGUUGGCGUCAACGACCCUGUUCCACUCGUUGAUCUCUAUAAUGUGCAUUUUGAAAUUUAUUGCUUUUGUGUGUUAAAAGCACAAAGCUUGAGAUUGAUCUAAUAGCCACAAGUUUUGCAAAGGUAUCUAGCUAUAGCCACAAUUUGAUUGAUGCGGUUUUUGAGGACCGUCUUCUAAUUGGUGCACUUUUUUAAAUUAAUGAAAAUUUAUGAAUUUGUUCGAAUGGCGCGGGAAUAAUAUAAUGUCAAACAAAAUGUGUAGGACCAAUCAAUCUGUUUGUACUUUGUCGUAAUUUUUUAUAUUGUUUUAACCCUCUUUGAUGUCAUAUAGCCAAUUUUAAUGUGUAUUGACGCCCUUGAAACAAAAAUAAUUUAUUGUCAAAGAGGCGCAACUUUUGUCUACUCUCAACUAAUGUGUAAUCUCCGACCGGCCUCAUCUUGUGAGGUUUGCAUGCCAAAGAGAAUCUUCCCCUUGGAUAGUGACCCUAUUAGGCUUGUCCUAAUGUUGAAAAGGAGGAUUUGAUGAUGUGUUGUUGUUUUAAUGUCUAGCAAAAAGUAUAUCAUAUUAUAUAUUUACUGUUGUGGAGAGUUAAAACAAGUCAGUGUUCUGAAAGCUUGCGAACGAAGCACCUUCAGCGUUGAUUGUGAUUUGUGAAGUAAUUUUACAGCUGCCAAUUUUUGCACAUAGGCAGAAAGUGAUUUUUGACCAACCAAAGGAAAUAUUGAUGAUGCGUUACAAUAACAAACUGUUGUUAGAAUUUUAUAUUACAUUUGCAAAAUGCAUUGUUCCUUGAUUUACAAUCAACGACAAUUUGAUACAUUUGCCAAACGAAUGGAUUAAAUUUGUGGAAACUCGCUUUUCAAACUGUGUGAAAAUACUGAAAAUGUCCCAGAGAGAUUGCAAUUCAUUAUCAAGUGGCAAAACACGUUUAAUUGCUCAUUUUUGUAUAUCUUGGCUGGAGAAUUUGCUCGAAUGUUAGGCACAAGUAAUUAGUGACAGAAACGCAACAUAUGCGCCGAAUGUUUCCGUUGCUUCUGAAAAGAAUGGAUUAAAUAAAAAUAUUCUAUAUAUUAUUAAAUGUAAUUGCGUUCCCCGUGCUGGGAGAACUGGGCGCAAGUGUCUAAUGACGCUAAAUAUAAUUUGGCCCUGAUGAUUCAUCUCUCAAUUAUAUUUUGCACCCUGAAUUCACAUUAUCAGCUCCCAUUGUUAUCACUGUUAAAUUAACCACACUAUAUGUCACAAUUUAUGAUUAAUUUUUAAUUUUUUCAUCAUUAACUACCAAAGACAUGAUAUUUUUAUCCUGUAACUAUCUAAGUCUUUUAUUCAGUGAUUAACAAGAGGAAAAGUAAACCUGUACUAAUUUGAUAAUUUUUACCUAAUGAAUGACUAUUUCAUACCACUCCAAAUAAAAUUAUGGCAUUAACUGAAAA